GAGCAACCUUGAUGCAAAUCACAUAGUGGUAACCUAAGUGUUUAAUUGAUUGAGAACAUGGAGUCUUCCUUCGCUUUGUUUGUUAUUCUCUCACUUGUCUUGGUUGGCAACACAAUAGCUGCGAGAAAGGACCCUGGGGAGUAUUGGAAAGAUGCCAUGAAGGAUCAGCCCAUGCCCAAGGCCAUCGAAGGCGUUCUCUCCGCCAAGAACCCCAACUGCCAUACAGCUACGGCGGCAAGUAACGAGCAGGCCGAUCAGCUUCUAAAGGAUUUUGAGCAGAAAGUAGAGAAGGCUUUUGCCGAGGACUUUGAACCAAGACCCAAUGUCUCGGUUUACCAUGAUGAUAGUAAAGUUGGAGAAGAAAAAUCAUUUGUUAAGGACUUUGAGCCCGGGCCUAACGUCUCAGUAUACCAUGACGAUGAAGUUGCUUCAAAGGGAGACAAGUCAUUUGUUAAUGACUUUGAACCAAGGCCAAAUCUCUCUGUUUAUAACGACUAAGGGAAAGCCAUGUAUAAUUGAAGCAGGUACAAGUUCUAUGUGUGCAUUUCACAUAAGUUGAUCAGCACUGAAGCUAGCUACAUGUAAGAACUAAGAAGUAAGAUCGAUGUUUCAGGUUUGUAUGAGUAAUGGUGUGAAGUAGUAUUGAAGUGUGGAGUGUGAAUUGUAUUAUGAUGAUUUAAUAAAAGCUUGUACCGGCCAGGUUUUGCUUUUUAAUA